ACGCGGGUGACCGAUACUGAGUCGCUGAGGACCUCGAUCCUUAACUACAAGUGGGAGAAUGGCCGCAGAUACCACGCCUAUAAUGACGGCGCAUACUGGGGACCUAAUGACGAGCGCCAACAAGAAGCCGAGGAUCUCAUGCACGAGAUGUAUCGUAUCAUCCUGGACGGCAACCUCUAUGCUGCCCCUCUUGGAGAGAACCCUCAACGUGUCCUUGAUGUUGGUUGUGGUACUGGAAUCUGGGCCAUUGAGUUCGCAGAUGAGCAUCCCUCGGCUGAUGUCCUCGGUGUGGAUCUCUCACCCAUCCAGCCCGGCUUUGUUCCUCCCAACUGCAAAUUCGAGGUCGACGAUAUCAACCAAGAGUGGACAUUCCCCGACAACAGUUUUGACUAUGUUCACAUUCGGGCCAUGACUGGCUGUAUUCCCGACUGGGUUGAACUGCACAAGAAGGCCUUCAAGGCUCUCAAGCCCGGCGGCUGGGUAGAGCACGUCGAGCUCUGGGGCAUCACCAAGUCCGACGACGGGUCUCUCAAAGACAACUCCCCGCUUAAGAAGUGGGUGGAAGUCUUUGAAAAGAUCGGCACCCUCACGGGCAAGGGCUUCUUCUAUGGUCACAAGGCAGCAGACUUCCAGCGUGAGGCUGGGUUUGAGAAUCUCGUUGAACGAAGACUCAAGAUGCCUCUCGGCCCGUGGCCCAAGGACAAGAGACUUAAGACCUGGGGGGCCUGGAACCGUCAGUUCCUUCUGCAGGCUCUUGAGGGAUUCUCUAUUCGCGGUCUCACUGAACUUCUUGGGUGGACGUACGACGACGCCCAGAUGUUCCUGGUCGAGAUGCGAAACGAGCUUUUGAACCCCGCCGUCCACUCCUACGGAGAAGUGACCAUCAUUUACAGCCAGAAGCCCGAGGCUACCGCGUGA